AAAUAUGGCAGCGGUAAUGACCGAUUUGUUUGUUUGGUAUGUUAUGGGAUAAUAUGUGCGUGUUUUUUAGUGAAAUAUGUGCAAAGAAAAGUUGCAGCAUGUCUCACAGAUAAAUUUGUACCUGCUAGUCAUUCUGAUUUGUGACAAGGCUCAUUGAUUCUUGUUAUACUGUUGAAUUUAAGGAUUUGUCCUGCAUCGCAUCUGUAGCAAGCGCGCCAUUUUUGGCUCAUCUGGUUCUUGUCCGGAAACCGGCUGGGACGAAAUAAUUUGAUUAAUGAUUUCAAUGAUUUCAUUAAGACAUCAACAGUGACACAAGACAAAAUCACAAAAGUUCAGCAAAUUCCACGCAUGAAUCAUCCAGUGUAGGACUGACACCUUAAUGCUGUAAUCUGGUGUUCUAUAAUACUGAACCAACAAGAUGAUCUGUAUACUGAUGGCAGCAGGACAUGCUGCAAAACUGGAAACAGACAUACGAGAGGAGACAUCUGACCAGUUCAGGCAUCUUGAGGGUGUUCCGAAAGCACUCCUGCCAGGAGUUGGUGGGAAAAGGAUCCUUGACUAUUGGUGGAAUGCCAUCAAAACGCGCCAGCUGUUCAGCGAUGUCUACCUGGUCACCAAUGCUGACAAGUACAAGCACUUUGAGCGGUGGGCGAUGGGCGCCGACUUCCCGGUGGCCAAUAUCGUCAACAAUGGCUCCAGUCUGUCGGCCACACAGCGCGGCGCGCUCUGCGACCUGCAGCUGGUGCUGGACACCAAACGGCUGACGGCCGGACCCUGCGACGUCAUGGUGGUCGCCGGAGACAUGAUGUUUCAGGACGACACAUUCGACCUGACCCAGGUGCUGAACUACUUCCGUCUGAAGCGGGAGACGGGCGACCUGGCGCUGUGUUACCAGCUGGACGGCCAGGAGGCGGGCGCCGGAGGACUGCGGUGCACGCGCGGCCUGGUCCAGGUCUGCCCUGAUACCAACAGGAUCCAGCGGUUUUUCGAGAAGCCGCUGUGGACGGACACUCCGUCCCGGCUGGCCAGCGUGGUGUUCUACUGUCUGCGGCACGACACGCUGGGAACAGUGCAGGAGUAUCUCGGCCAAAGCGGGGACGGACCACCGCCAACAUUUGGACGGUAUCUCUCAUGGCUGAUAAACGACCGUCAGCAGACUGUGUACGCCAUGAAGCUGGCCACCGGCUUCCAGCUGAUAGGGGACGUGGGGCUGGCCGACUACACCCGGUGGCUGGCCAUCUUCCACCAGAGGCAUCUGUCCGAGAGGAGACCGGCAAUCAGACAUAGGGUCAACGCCAGAGUGGGGCUCAUGGGAAAUCCGUCGGACGGUUUCCACGGGAAAACCAUAGCGCUAUCCAUUGAGAACUUCUGGGCCGAAGUUACCAUAUCAGAGUCCGCCACGCUGCGUCUGCUGCCGCACCCCCUGUACGACCCGACUGAGUUCGGCUCGCUGCACGACCUUUACGGCACCAGUCAGAAGGAGGGCUACCUGGGCGGCCUGCGGCUGCUGCAGGCCACCUGCAAACGAUUCUACCAGGUGGCCUCCGAGAACGGGACGGCUCUGGGCCGGCGCAACUUCACGCUGCGCUACGACACCAACAUCCCUCGCCAGGUCGGUCUGGCCGGCAGCAGCGCCAUCGUGACGGCCGCGCUGCGCUGUCUGAUGGACUUUUACGGCGUGACGGAGGCGGAUGUGCCGCGCCACCGGCUGCCGCAGCUCGUACUGGACGUGGAGAGGUCCGAGCUCGGCAUCCAGGCCGGGCUGCAGGACCGAGUUGUACAGGUGUACGGCGGCCUUGUGUACAUGGACUUUAGCCGCGAGCUGAUGGAGAGCCGCGGGUACGGCGAGUACCGGUACCUGACCGCCGGCGGGCCCCUGCCGCCACUGUUCCUCGCAUACCUGGCCGACCCAAGCGACUCGGGCAAAAUGCACAGCGACAUCAGUCUGCGCUGGAAACGAGGCGACGAUGACGUGAUAGCGGGCAUGGCUCGGUUCGCGGAGCUGACGGACGCCGCCCGGGACGCCAUCUGUGCUGCCGACUGGGAGACGCUGGCCAGGCUCAUGAACGAAAACUUCGAGCUCCGAAAACAGCUGUACGGGGCAGCGGCGCUGGGUGACCUCAACCUGCGGAUGGUGGAGCUGGGCAAACAACAUGGAGCGGCCGUCAAGUUCCCCGGCAGCGGAGGGGCCGUGGUGGGCCUCUGCCACGACCACAAGCACCUGGCGACCAUGCGAGAGGUGUACCAGCAGGAGGGGUUCGUUUUCUGUGAGGUCAUACCGGCUCUGUCGGCUUCUACGGGCCGAGAGCAGACUGGAGACUCGGGAUCGCAGUGAUCCUACAUAGCCAGAAACGGAUAGUGAGAAAGGAAUUGUCCAGUGGUGACUGUUUACGGAGGAAGGGACACUAGGGUCAAUCGGGUAUUGAUCGACGUUAAAAGUUGUCUGCGCGUUUUGUGCCAAAGGUCUGACCAAUUAUAUUGUGAGAUGCGGUGUGGCCAGUUAGUUUCUUUAGCGUUCUUUUCCCUGCUUCGCCGCGCCUUUCUUAAUAGCUUUUGUGCUUGUUGCCUUUUUCUGUUUUAUCUAUUUUUCUACGCUGUUUGAUGGUUGUUACGGCUGGGCUGCCAGCGUAAUCUGUGUGUGCGUUAAUACGAUGAUAUGGCGCGAUGGCUGGCCGGGCGGGUAAUCAUUACCUCGUAAUCCGCCGGCCAGAUAGGUCAGUAUUAGCUACGGUCGUGGUUACGUCUCCCGCUCUCUCCAGAUCGGGCGCUCCCUCUGUCCCUCUCGGACUCUUUCUACCCUCCGGGGCGGCCAUCGGGUUUCCCUGUAGACCGCUGAGGGCUUCCGCUGCCGCUGCCGCUGGUGGUGAUGCCACCCGUACUCUGCGCCGGACGAGUGCGCCCAUCUUCCGCCGCGGUGCGUCGGAGCGACAGUCGAUCUUGGCCGCACGUGCCGGCGCGGUGCGGCGCUGUUUUUGCGUCUGUCGCCGCCGCCAAACCGACGUGCGGGCCGAGCGGAGGCGCGGUCCCCGGUCCCGACUUCAUCUGUGGCUGGUAGCGGUGCCGACGGCGGCACGUUCCCUCGGGGAACGGCGACCGCCGGGCCCGACGCUGCAAGCAAGAGUUGGCCGACGGCGCCGCCGAUUUCGAUACGGUGACUGGUGGAUGGUGGAGACUGCGGGGAGAGCGACCGACAGUCAACUUCGACGGGAGUUUAUGUGGAGAGUUGAGACGCUCUUGUUGCGCAUCUAGUCGAUGUUGGUGUACUUGCGUGAACGGGCAUUAUUGGUGUAGGGUUGUGCUGGUUGUGCUUUGUUAAAACUAUGGGACCACCUCGCCUUACUCGUGCUGUGAUUGCUUGCUGAUUCCAAAUAUUGUUCAAUAUUCAAGACAGUAAUGUCGCGACAAUACAGUCAGUACAAUACCUGGCA